UGUCCUUACUCCUUUAACUCGUGUAAGAGGCCCUCAGCUCUUCUUCUCCAUCUAUUCUCUCUCUCUCUCAAUCUCUCUCACUAGAGCUAAUAAUGCUUCCCUACCAAAGUCUGCAAGAAGCAGAGGCAGCUCUAGGAAGAAAGCUAAACCUAGCUGAAAAACUAUGGUUCAAUUACUCAGGUAAUAAACCUGAUUAUAUUCUUCAUUAUCAUAACAUUCUCUUCUUGAUCAUCUUUUACUCUAUCAUUCCUCUACCAUACGUGUUCAUGGAGCUCUGCCAAUUCAAGAAAAUGGACAAGUACAAGUUACAACCCAAAAUUAAGAGAUCAUUGAGGGAUAUGUUCAAAUGCUACAUAGAUGUUAUCAAGAUUUUUCUUCUUGUUGUCGGCCCUCUGCAAGUCUUUUCUUAUCCUACCAUUAAGUGGAUUGGCAUUCGAACUGAUUUGGCAUUGCCUAAAGGGUGGGAGAUGUUUUGGCAAUUGUUGGUUUAUAGUCUGAUAGAAGACUACUUUAAUUAUUGGAUUCACAGGUUGCUCCAUUCUAAAUGGGGCUAUGAGAAAAUUCACCAUGUCCACCAUCAAUACACUGCUCCUAUAGGAUUGGCAGCACCAUAUGCACACUGGGCUGAGAUUUUGAUUCUUGGAUUUCCUGCAUUUCUUGGUCCUGCAUUAGUUCCUGGCCACAUAAUCACUUACUGGCUCUGGUUCAUCUUGAGGCAAAUUGAAGCCAUUGAGACUCACAGCGGAUAUGAUAUUGCGCGAAGCUUUACGAAAUAUAUUCCAUUCUAUGGAGGUGCAGAGUACCAUGACUACCAUCACUGUGUGGGUGCCCAAAGCCAAAGCAACUUUGCGUCAAUUUUCACUUAUUGUGAUUAUAUUUAUGGAACUGAUAAAGGGUACAGAUACCACCACUCCCAUGUCCAUGUCCAUCCCAAAAAAGGGAAAUGGAUCUGAGAAGCGAAAAUGACAGAACGGCCCCACCCUACCCCUAGCACCUGACGUACUACGUAGGCUGUUGGAUGCUCGUGCGUAGCUCUUACUAAAUUCUGAAUAGACAUGUCGAUGAAUCAGAUUAAGAAGCACGAUUUUUCGAUUGGUUUAUUCCAAAUAAAUUAUAGGGAAGUGUUUUAAUCAGCUGAGCCCGUCUAGCUCAGUCGGUAGAGCGCAAGGCUCUUAACCUUGUGGUCGUGGGUUCGAGCGCCACGGUGGGCGAUUUUUUUAUAUUUACAUUUUUUUUUUUUUUUUUAUUUUAUAAUAUCAUAUCAAUCGAGCUUUAUAUUUACAGUUU